AUGUCGAAUCCUUCCUCCGAACCCGACAAUCUCGACCCUUGGCUCUUGUUCAGCCCCGCAGGUGUGGUCGACCGGACCGAGUGUGACUUGCGUGCCGCUGAUGAGCAAGCCCAGUCUUUCGUUCGUUCUCUUCAGGGCUCUUUUCAAGGGGGUGAGUCGGGAGCCCUUGAAGAUACUGAGGCUUUGGAGAGUCGCAACUGGGUCAACUGCACUAGGCCUUUUCAGGGUUUGCCCGGGGUUCCAGGGGACGAUGAGGGUUGGGUCGACCCAGGCUGGGUUCAAGGCAGAGAGCCUGUAUUCGGCCCACGCAUACCGCCUUCGUCGUGUGCACCUACUUCAAUUUCUGAAGCUGCUUGGUAUGACGCCUGUCGUGACUUGGAGACAGACGAUUUCUUGAGUGCCACCUUGCGUGUGGCAAGCCAUUCUUUUCAAGAAUCCGAUGACGCUUCGCUUCUGGUCCCUCUUCCAGAUGACCGAAUCUUGGGUGAUUUCCAGCGUGCAGCUGUAGAGGCUACUUCGCAACAGCGUUUUGAGAGCAGGCCGAGAUUUUCAUGGGAAACAUCUUCGUCUUUGCGUUUUUCCUGGGAGAGAGGAACGAGUCCUUUGCAAGUUAUUGGUGCAAUUGAUUUUCUUGAUCCAGAGGAAUCCGAUGACGAAGCAAAACGAAGGUGUGUGCCACCCACGACGGUUAAGUUCCUGAAACGCAUCACAGUGGAGCGGUCGGAGGAAGACAUCCGAACGGCUGCUCUUAAGAAGAUGAGGCUGGUCAUCUUGUGGGAUCCAGAGGUGAGUAGCUUGGGAAGGUCUUUGCUGUCGUUGCUCGGUGCAGAUGUAAACGAGGAGGCCAUCAAGAAGUCUUUUUCGGAUGCCUUCAGAACUAAAGCUUCCAGGACAAUCUCAAAGCGAGGUGGGUCCCUCCUGAGGUAUUUUUCCUGGUGCACAACAGAGAGCAUAGACAGCCCUCUUGCAGUCGAUGAGCCGACCAUAUACAUGUAUGCAAAUUUCUUGCGUGACUCAGGAGCCAGACCGACCAGCAUGACGCAUUUUGUGGAAGGCCUUCGCUUUGUGCACGGGGUCGCCAAGUUGCUGCACAUGGAGCCUGAAACAGUCCUCUCCAGCCGGGUGCUUGGCAUAAGCCGGGACCUAUAUUUGAUGAAGCGUCCUCUGCAACAGAAACCUGAACUGACGGUUCCCAUGUUGAUGGCAUUGGAAGCAUUCUGUGUGGAAACUGGACCAGUACUUGCGUGCAUUUGUGGACAGCUGCUGUUUUGUGCGCAUUCGGCUGACAGAUGGAGCGAUUCUCAGAACCUCAAGGAGAUUUCAAUUCAGGAGUCCGACGGCGUGAUCUUGGUUGUUGCAUCAGGCUUGACAUCCAAGACGACUGUCUCUAAGGAGGCAAAACCCGGGCUGCUUCCCUACGCAGCCCUCGGCUGUGGGUUGUCUGGCAACAAUUGGGCGAAAGCUUGGCUGGAGGCUCGUGAACAUGAAGGCCUCUCUCUUGAGAAUUUUGCGCUGCCGUCACGCCUCGAGAGCCAAAACCGCUGGAGCACUGUUCAGAUGGGGAGCGUCGAGGCGACCAGCUACCUGCAGGACUUUCUGAUUUUGAAGGGAAUCGAUCAAGACCAAGCCAUGCAGAGGGCGACGCAUUCGUUGAAGGCCACUUUGACAUCUUGGGCGGGCCGCUGCCCUCGCCCAAAAUUCAGUGGAGCGGAAAAGCGCCUUCUUGGACACCACAUUGCUCCAAAGGAGAAAUCACCGGCGACCUACGCCCGGCAGCAGUACACCCUUUUGUACGGGCGAGUCAUGGCGAUGUUCGAAGCCAUCCGCGCGGGAGACUAUGACCCUGACUUGUCUGACGUUGAUCGGGUGGUGCAAGUGGCUGCAGCGGAGCGACCAGGUGCCACCCAGGACGUCAUUGCUCCGGAGCCCGAGGCGCCUGUGCCACGACACGAUUUUGACGAGUUCGAGGACCCCCCGUCUUCACAGAGCUCUGAAGCUUCUGAGGCUCCAGGCCGCGGUGGAGGAGGCUUAGAGAGGGCGUCGCGCCGAAGUCUGACAAUCGGUGAUGUUGCUCCCACUCGAACGCAAGUCGAGAUCUUUGGGGAGAACAAGUUGAGCCUACUCCAGCUGACUCGAAGCCUUUAUCGAGAAUCACCCAGCUGUGAGUGUCGAGCCAUGGCGGGGAUUGCAGUGGAUAGCGAGGCCUGGUUUUUGGAGCGUUGCCAGAAGGUCAAACUCAGCGAGUCCACCAUUCGCACUCUUGUCGAUGCGGGAUUCAAGAGCUUCGGAACCUUGGCUUUUGCUGUGUCUACCACGCCGACACAAUUGGAUGAAGCCGAUGUGAAGCGAUGGAUGGGAAACAUUUUUCCACAUGACUUCCCGCCUGAUCAGUCCUCUAAGGUGAGACGUUUGAUGUUUGAAGCCCAGAACCUAAGCGUGGCUGACAUGAAGGCACGCGUGGAACCUGCCGCUGACACAGCUGCGGUUCGUGCUAUGCCCAAUGCGGAGCGCUUGGCCCGCCAGGAGGCCUUGAAGAAGCGUGUCACGGGCCUCAUUCUUUCGCCUGAAACCUUGCCAGCUCAUUCCGUUGUGGACACUCUUGUCAAACAACUCGAGGAUGGAGUCCUCCAGUACUUGCCAGCCUAUCGCAUCAUCAGCCGUGCCCAGGAAGCUCAGAUGUUGAAGAAAGACCAGCAAGUGGUGGUUGAUGGCGAGGGGAACUUGAAGAUGGCGAGCAAAGCCGAAUCUGCCACUUGUGACACGCACACUGACUUAGCUCUGCGCAACGCUUGGACUCGUCGCUCGCUGGCAUAUGAUCUCGCCGGCUUGUGCAGCUUUCAGGUGCUUGAAGAGUGGUGUCAUAAAUGCUUCCUUGCCUUGAUGAGGCCCGUGCCCAGUGGUUACUCCAAAGUAACCACUCAUCAACUUAUUGCUGCCGACCGGCACCUGUUCACGCUGGCUUCGCAUGCGCUCCUUGGAAAACUUGCCGGCGAGCCCGGCCGUGAGAAGCCUUUGGAAACCCAGAUCAAGCUGUUGUCCGAGUCGCAAGAGGUUUUGCAGUACCUUAACGCUCUCCCUACUCCUCCUCCUUCUGCCCCCUGGCCAGGCAAGCGCAAAUGGGAUGACCCCAAAGGCGGUGAGAAGGGCGAUAAAGGGAAAGGUAAGGGUAAGGGCAAGUCGUCUAAGGGUGAGGUUCGCAAGGAGUUCACAGUGCCCGACGGCUGUGUCAGCCGCGUGAACGACAAGCCUGUCUGCUUUGCCUUCAACCAAGGUCCCGAAGCCCUUGCCGAGCAACUUCUUCGAAAGCCAACCUUGGAAGCCUUUGAUGUUUUGCGAGUUUUCGACCUCUUGCCCAGGAAUCCAUCUAAACGAGAUGCCUUCCAUCACCGAAGCUUUGGUUGCGGUGCCUGGGUGUUCGGGUCCCAGAUCGGAAUUCGUACAGAUACUAAGUCUUUUCCAAAGAGCUCCGCUCUCUUUUGCCGUUAUGUUCACCAAGUGAAUCCUCACCACACCUUUUCCAGCCUGGUCUUGCUCGAUGAUGUUCACAGCCCACUCCAUGUGGACUGCAACAAUGACCGCUCCUCCUGGAACCUUGUCAUCCCCUUGACCCGAUUUCGCAAAGGCCACAUCUGGGAAGAAUGCGAAGGAGUGGCUGACCGCUUUGAAGACGCUUCUGGCACUUUUUGGGGGCGUCUGCAUGAUGUAUCCGCCGGACCAGUCUUGCUUCAUGCCGCCGUGGACCGCCAUGCUGUUUUGCCUUGGGAAGGCCGCAGGGUUGUGCUGAUUGCCUUCACCCCCCGGGAUAGUCCCAAGCUUCCCCUUGCCGACCGUGACUGGCUGGGUGACAUUGGCUUCCGCCUGCCCUCCUCAUCCGCCUUGCCCACCCCUGGCCCGCCCAAACUCUUUCUCGAGGUCUUCUCCGGGUCCGCGACCCUGGCUCGAGCCGCCCAGAGGCUCGGGUUCACGGCCGUUGCUGUUGACAACUGUCCCCGGCGUCCUCAAGUUCCCACGGUUCGCCUUGACCUUGCUUCCGAUAUGGGCCGCGAUGCCUUGUUUCGUUUGCUGCAUGACAAAAAGCCUGCCGCGGUGCAUCUAGGCCCCCCUUGUGGCACAUCGUCUCGGGCCCGUGAGCGGCCCUUGCCGGCCAAGUUACGCGCCCUCGGCCUCCGUGACCCUCGGCCGCUUCGGAGCGCCGACUUUCCCCUCAACUUGCCUCACAUUGACCCCGCCAGCCCUGAUGGUUUGCGCCUCGCCGCUGCCAAUCGUCUUUAUGACUUGGUCUUUCAUGUCCUGCUUUGGUGCGCUGAACACGACUGUGUCUUCACUCUUGAAAACCCCACGAAUUCGUGGUUCUGGAGUGUGCUGGCCUUGAAGGUCCGAAUGCACGCUUCGCCCAAGGUCCGCCGUUGGUUCAGUGACUUGCAUGAGAUCAUCUUCGACGCUUGUGAGCACGGUGGCGCUCGUCCCAAGUCCACCAAGCUCCUCAGCAACCGGGCCGCCUUUGGCAGCCUUCGUGCCCGCUGCAGCGGCCGUCAUGUGCACGAACCUUGGGGCGUCAGCUGGCGUGCUGGCGGUUGGGUGUGGUCCACUCAUCUCGAGGCCCAGUAUCCUGUUGUGUUGGCUGCUCGCUGGGCCGCAUGCUUUGCUUCUGCUUGCAAUGUCUCCCCAGGCCAGCCCGAGGCCCCCGACCCGCGCUUGCAGUCUCUCUCCGCGGUGGGACGCCAAACCCGUAAGCAUAAGCCCUUGGUUUCCGAAUAUAAAUUCGUGCGCAUCAUGCCCCGCGGCAAAAUUCCCUCAUCCGGUUGCAAGGUCCUCGGCGCGCCUCCCGUGCAAGGGGGUGAUUCGGGGGAGGUCGCCGAGGCUCUUCCUGAGACUUCCCCAGACAGCGAGGGGCUUGGUUUGGAUAGGGGUGAGGAUUGCCAGGUUGGUUUCUACAGGGAUCCUUGUGAAUGGUUCCAGGCUGCCAAGAAAGUGUGCCACCCUCUUGACUCCGAGAACAAACUCCCAAAGGAGCUGAAAGCUUCUCUUGAGGCCAACAUGGUAGCUGAUCGCCGAGCCCUCUUUCUUCGUCGAAAACUUGCACUGAUGAAAGCAGAGAUCCUUUCCAAAAAGUUGGAACAAGACGAAAGCAAACUUCACUCAGCGAUGCCAUCGUGGAUGCAGACCGUGAUGCAAGGCAAGAGGAUCCUACUUCUGGAGUCUUUGCUGCGACAGCGCAAUUUCGAUGACAUGGAGGCAAUCGAGCUUUUGAAGUCGGGGGUGAAGUUGUCGGGUGUGUCCGAAUGCCCUGCUGCCUUUGAUGUCAAAGUGAAACCUGCCACGUCGACCGAAGCGGAGCUCCGUCAAGUCGCUCCCUUGAAACGGGCAGCGCUACUUUUGGAAAAUCGUGCUUCCGAUCCCGAGCUAGAACGCGAUCUGCUGAAGGUGACCAUGGACGAAGCGAAGGCUGGAUGGCUUCAGGGGCCUUUCAGCAGUGAAACGGAAGUUUCUGAGCAUCUGGGGAGAACAGAUUGGAGUUUGAUGCGAAGGUUUGGCGUUCGACAAGGAGGCAAACUGAGACCGAUUGACGAUGCCUGCGAUUCCGACUUGAACUGCACUUUCACCAGCACCAUGAAGCUACAGUUGCAGGACGGCGACUUCUGCAUCUCUUUGGCCAUGGAAAUCGCAAAGCGCGUGAUGGGAAAGCCGGGAGUCGUUCCCAGAGAGUGGAGUGGCCGAUGCCUUGAUCUAAGUGGUGCUUACAAACAGAUGGCAGUCUGUGAGCAACAUCGGAGCUUGUGCGUUCUGCUUCUGCGUGAUGCCGAUGGCCGCCCAAUCUUUUUCAUUUCUUCAGCAUUGGUUUUUGGGGCCUCUGCUUCAGUCUAUGCCUUCUUAAGAAUAGCUCGGGCCUUGAGCUUCUUACUGAACGUCGUGCUGGAGAUCCCUCAUGCAAACUUCUUCGACGACUAUCCAAUCCUUGUGCCUUCGGAAGAUGCUGAACAGGUGGGCCUCCUAUGCACGAAGUUUUUGCACUUGCUUGGUUGGAAACAUGCCGAAAUUGGAGAGGGUCACAAAGGCCUCCCCUUUGCGAAGUCCUUUGACGUGCUGGGCUUGCAUCUCGACAUCUCUUGCAUAUCUUCGGGAACCUUGACAGUGGCUAACAAGCUUGGCCGGGUUGACCGACUCCUUGAGCGCCUUCGUGAGAUCAAGCAGUCAGCAGUCCUUAGCCGCCACGAGGGCCAAGUCCUGCUGGGCCUCUUGCGGUACGCAGCUGGGUUCUUCGGGGGCCGGACUUUGCGUUAUGUUUGUGAAGACUUGAACGCCAUAGUGCAUCAUGGACAUCACCCUUCUCCUGUUGCGGUUAGACUGCUAUGUCAACGCGCUAUAACUGCACUGGAGUCGUCGAGGCCCCUACAGCUCAAAGCAGAUAUGCCGAGUUCUCCGGUGCAUCUCUUUACAGAUGGCAGCUGGGAAAAAGGUGUAGCCGGAGUUGGGGCUGUGCUUUUCGACGCGCACGAUGGUUCGGCAGAGGUCUUUGGAGGCGAGAUGCCGAAGGACAUGGUAGAGUCGCUCCUACAGACCGACGGUGACCACUUGAUUGGACAAAUCGAAACCUACGCUGUCGUGGCCAUGCGGAUACACUUGGCCCAUCGCCUUUCGGGACGUCGAGUGAUCAUUUGGACAGACAAUGAAGGUUGUCGAUUCGGGCUCAUUAAAGGCCGUUCGAAGUCCCACACGAUGGACACCUUGAUCAGAAGCUUCGCCGCUGCUGAGGAUGCCGAUCCAAGUCAUACCUGGAUAUGUCGUGUGCCGAGUUACUCGAACAUCGCUGAUGGGCCUUCUCGGGGAAAGCCUGAGGAGGCUCUGAAGAUUUCAGGAGCUGUCGCAUGUCAGUCUUUUCCAUGGAUUCGGCAAGCAUUCGAAACUACCUGA